AUGGCUGCUAAGUUUGGUAUUAAAACAUCAUCAUUGUUCCUAGUUUUGUGUUUAACCGUGAUCCUGUUUUUCACUUUGUCAUGCUUUGCUGCUGAUCCCGACCCGCUUCAAGAUAUUUGUGUUGCGGACUUGAACUCCACAAUCAAAAUUAAUGGGUAUCCUUGCAAGCCGGAGUCUCAAGUUACAUCAGAUGAUUUCUUCUACAGUGGCUUGGUGGAAGAAUCGGACACGGAUAAUCCCGAAGGGUUUGGAAGGAGACCUGGUGACGUUAAAUACUUCCCUGGGUUAAACACCCAGGGACUUACGGUAAACCGAAUCGACCUCGCACCUGGUGGAAUUAUUCCACUUCACGUCCACCCUCGAGCAAGUGAAUCUAAUUUUGUCAUAAAAGGGUUAGUCCUUUUUGGGUUCAUAACUACUGACGAUAUUUUGUACGCAAAGGUUAUGAAACCAAGAGAGUUGUCUAUUAUUCCUAGAGGACUUGUGCACUUUGCAGUGAACGUUGGAAAAGGGAAGGCUGAUCUGUUAGCUGUUUUCAAUAGUCAACUGCCAGGAUUUGGAGAUAUUGCUCUUAACUCCUUUAAUUCUACCCCAACAAUUCCUGAUUAUAUUUUGGCUAAGAACUUCCGAGUUGAUGAGAAGAUUAUCGCUAUCAUAAAGUCUAAGUUUGGUCCCAAUAGUUCUUUGGCUACUGGAACUUUGAAAGAUAUAUAG